GCGAGCACUCCCAUUCACUUUCUUUUCACUCUGCUUCAUAGGGCAGAUAGAUUGUGUUUUGGUGAGACGGCAGGGGCCGAAGUGCUUCCCUCUUUAUCGGUCCCGAGUGAGUUUCGGUGCGUGUUUUUGUGUUGCGAGUGAACCUGAGCUGUCCAAAUCUCUGUUUCUGUUCUCAUGCAAAAAGGCCUUUGCAUGCUUCAAAAUCAUCAAUUUUACAUUUAGUCAGGUUCAAAAGUACAAGUCUACUGCUCCUCAAGUUUACAUAUUCCACAGACAGUCAUGCCAUUUUAUUUGUUGUUUGUCCUUUUCCAUAUCCGUUCGUUGUAGCAGAGCUUGUUUCAGAUUUUUGGUUUUAGUCAGCAUUCAAGUCGUUCAACACCAUCAGCCGCGCAGCAAAAUAAAUAAAGCCUCAUUGUAAAAAGAGGUUUCGACUAGACCGAAAUGACCCAUGGUACUUAGAGGUCAGCACGUAGGCUAAACGCGUCCGCGGAAGAUGAAAAAAAAGGAAAGAGCUUGAACUUCUAGAAAACUACUUUUGCAAGGAAUCAUAUUUAGGGAGAGGGUGAAGUAGAGAGCCCAUCCUGAACAAGACCUUUGCCAAGAGCCAAUUAGAGAUGGCGGAGAAGAAGGACAUGUAAGUAUUUAUUUAGGCAUUUGUUUGUCAGAAACAGAAAGUUCUUGUAGACAACCAAGUAU